AUGAGCACGAUUGCUGUGGCCGGCGGUACCGGCGGCAUAGGAAAGACUAUUGUCGAGGCAUUGCUGCAAAAACCCAAAUAUCGAGUCGUUGUCUUGACCCAAAAUAGUCCCAAAAAGGAUCCCGUUCUCGGACAGACGCAGCAAAUUCAAAUCAACUAUAAUGAUAUUGACUCUAUCGUCGAAACGCUGGAGAAGCAUGCGGUGCACACAGUCAUCUCCGCCAUCGGAAUCUACACCGAGGAAGCCGCCCAAUCGCAGAUGAACCUUGUCCAGGCUGCCGAGAAAUCCAGUGUAACCAAGAGAUUUGUCCCCAGCGAAUAUUCAUUUAUCCAAACCGAGGAUCUCCUACCUCACGAUCCCAGCAUUAAGUACUGGCUUGAUGUAGCUGACCUGUUAAAGAAAACUAAGCUGCAGUAUACUCGGGUGUGCCCUGGUGUCCUCAUGGACUACUGGGGAAUGCCUCGAGUGCGAACCAACAUCCAUCAACACGUUCUCGGGAUCGAUGUAGCCAACUGCUGGGCCGGUAUUCCUGGUGACGGCAACGACAGAAUGAGCGUGACAUAUUCAUACGACUUAGCAGCAUACAUCAUGAAGUUACUGGAUCUCGAGGAGUGGCCUGAAUUCAGCAUUUUUGCAGGAGACGAUAUUACUUUCAAUGAGCUCCUCAAGCUUGCUGAGGAGGCUCGAGGCAAAAAAUUUGAUGUUGUUUAUGACAGUGCUGAAAACAUCAAAGCAGGCCAGGUCACCGUGCCCCCCUUCCUGACCGGGGUUUCCGAGGAGGAGGCCCGGGAAAUGACCGUUCUGGUGAGCCGACUCACUAUUGCCGGUGCUUUCGACCUACCGAAGGAGCGUAUGAAUGCACUGUUUCCCGAUAUCAAGCCCGUGAAGAUGAGGGAAUUUCUUAUUAACACAUGGAAGGAUGAAGCAUAA